AUGGCGCCAUCUCGCACGACAACGGUAAAAUCCAAACAUGCCGCCAACAAAUCUGGCAUCAAAAACAGCAAAACCAGCUCCAAAUCUCGAUCCUCCCAAGACUCCGAUGGCGUCUCGAAAUCGAAAAGCAAGAAGCAACAGAGCAAGGGCGCAGCGCUAGGAAGUGCGACAGGGAAGGGCCAAGGUGUAAAGAAGAAGAGAAGAGUGUACACGGAGAAGGAAUUAGGGAUCCCAGCGUUGAAUAUGAUAACUCCCGUAGGAGUCCAGCAGCCGAAAGGGAAGAAGAAGGGGAAGGUUUUUGUUGACGAUAGGGAAAGCAUGAUGACGAUCCUCGCGAUGGUGAACGCGGACAAAGAAGGGCAAAUAGAAUCCAAGAUGAUGAAGGGCCGACAGAUGGAAGAGAUUAGAGAAGCUCGGAAGGCUGAAGCGGAGAAAAGACAGGAGAUGAGGAAGAGUAAGCUCGAUGAGACGAAAGAUGGGUUGAGGAAGAAGCGGAAGAGAGCAGGAGCCAAGGGGGAAGACGGAGACGCCGGUGCGCAGGAGGCGCUGGCAGGGACCAAGCCUCUGAAGAAGAGGAAGAGUGUUUCUUUUGCUUGA